AUGAAGUUCAUCAAUGUAACUUUGAUCACGACAACUAUUAGUCUAUUCACAUCAUUUGUUGCGGCUCAAAACAGCGAAGAUUUUAUAUUGUUUGCAUGUAUUGGUGUCGAUUUCUACAAAAAAAGUGUUCAAGAUUCUGCUGCAAAAUCACACCGACUAGGUCGGGAAACAAUUAAUGGCUACCCUACAUUUUAUAACCUUCGCGGCUUGCCUGGAUCUAGACCACACAAAUUGUUUCCAAUGAUUCCUAAUAUUCAUGUUUACAAUGGCGAGAGUGACCUGCGUUAUUUCUUAAUUGUGGAUAGUGAAGGCGAUUAUCAGGGCAUGGUUUACCAAACGAGAUCAAGGUACGAGCCAUGCACUAGAGUUACUCAUGAGUUUAUGAGGUGA